AAGUGUCAUUGAACUUUAGCCAUUCCAGUUGUAGAAGCGGGGCCAUUUCUGCAUCGCUUCCACUUUACAGCACCUGUCGCUGCAGCUUGUUUGGUUACAGUUACAUGAUGGAUGACAUUAAACACUUUGUAAACCCAUCUUACUUGGAGUAACCAAGUGCAAUGGCUGCUGACUAUUCUGUGCAGUGCAGUGCUCCAUGCUACUUAUGAGUGAGUUGACACAUUGAUUUAGCCCAGUCUAAUUUGUCUUACUUCGAUAUUUGGCAAAUGGGUGUACAGAGGACAGCUGGGAUUAGGCCAAGUUUAGCUCCUUGAAAUGGUACUUAAAUGUGAUCAAACCAGUUUUCCCACUGUUGUGGAAGAAGUCAUGUGCUGGCUGUGUUUGUAGAGAGAGAGAGAGAGGUAGAGCCAGGAAGCGAGCAGAGAGCCAGUUAAAGCAGACAGGUAAAUGAUAAGGUGCUGCUUUGCAUUUCUGUUGCAGAUGAGCAUUUUGUUUCUGUGACAUGAAGAAGUCAGGACAUCACUCUCAUGUCCAAGGAAGAGGAUGAGUAUCUGAUACUUUACUGGUACAGUAUGUUCAGGACACAUGGAGGUGGAGAUUCAUGUUAAUACCAAUGGACCAUCCAGCCCAGGUGAAGCUGCUGUCUGCAGCUGGAGACCUCCACAUGCCGUUCUCAGACGCCAUCAAGUACUGCAUCCUGGGCAUCUCUGUGACUCUCCUACUGCUGGCCCUGGCCAUUCUGGGCUGGCAGACCUUCAGAUGCUGCACACAGACCCACACUGCAUACACUGAGCAGGAUACAUUGAAAAGUGAUCUGCUGUACUCGGAUGAAAAGUCAGACACAGGAGGAAACUACAGUGGAGCUCCAAGUAUGAAGGUGGAGAACGUCAACACAGAGGUCCGCAGACUGAGCCGCUGCCUUUCUCAGGGCUCGCUGUCCUCUCCAGAAUACAAGCAAACAGCUGGAGAAACAGGCGAGAAAGCCAGCCUUAAAACGGUACCAGGCGGACAGGUUAGUGGAUCGCUUUGUUUCUCAGUCUACUAUGACCAGCUCCAGGCCCGUUUGGUGGUCACCAUCUUGCAGGUGGAUGGGCUUGUGAAGAAAAGCGAGACCCGCAGUCUUCAGCUAUUUGUCCGAAUUCGACUCAUGAGGGCAGGGUUAGACGGCGUGGAAGUUGAGGACUGUACAGAUGAGCAGGGUGAAGAGACACCACCUAUCAUGUGGACAGUGCUAAGCGAGUGGCAGACUCGCAUUGUGAAAGGCAGCUGUAACCCUUUAUUCGGAGACCAGUUCAGCUGUGUUCUGCAAGACGACAAGGAACUUCAGCGCAUCACACUGAGGAUGGAGGUGAGGGAUUUUGAUAAAUUCUCAAGACACUUGGUUUUAGGAGAGGUGAGGGUUUCUUUACGGCAGCUCAGCAUCUGCUACCCGUUGGAGCUUCAUGAGGAUCUGCAGAUACCCCAGAAGGAUCUGGUGGGACAGGUGCUACUGUCAUUGAAGUUUCUCCCCACAUCUCAGAGGCUUGAGGUUGGUCUGCUGAAGGUCCGAACAGGCCUCAAUAACAGACGUUCAGAUGCCGCCUUGUUUGCAAGAAUCGGUGUGCAGUGCAACCAGUGUAAGCUGAGGUACCAAAAGACCUCUGCGGUGGCAUUGUGCCUGGUGACCGUCUUCAAUGAGGUCGUCAUCUUCUCACUACCAGAGUUGCCUCUGGAGCAAUGUAAAAUUUUGGUUUCAGUGUACGAGACCAGCAAGGCUAAGAAAUCGACAAAGUUUCUGAUAGGACAGUUGAGUGUGGGGAGAGAGAAAACUUUUGAAGACAAGCACUGGAGCUUGAUGAUGCAGUCAGUACGCCAGCCAAUAGCUAAGUGGCAUGGCCUACUCAUCUGAGUUACAGCUCCUAAAAUCCUCCCCUGCCGCACUUCCUGGAUGACUGGGCAUUCUGUUGGUAAAACUACAGGCCAAAUCUGACUGCACUGAGGUAGAGAGACAUGUCUACUGCAGUCAACACAGUGACUGCCAACAUAUCCUGAGGUUACACAAUCUACGUAUACUGUAUCACUUCUAUCUCUUUAGUGCUUUAUCUUUAAAUUCCUUAUAGUAAAAAGACUUUUAGCGAGACUUUACACUUCCGAACUUAAGUCUAAUGAAGUUUAAGGUACUGUAUGUACUGUAAGAUGUUUAUAUUGGUUUGCUGCUGGAUAUUGACUCAUCAAAUUUUAUUUCAUAUGAAACACUUUAUGAAUCAUAGAUAGAAAGACACAAGACAUGGCUAUAUUAAGUAAGUGUCACACUUACCACGAAUUUUAAGGUUUGUUUACACUUAAGCACUAUAAUCAUGUUUAAUUGUAAAUUGCAAAGAUGGUACAAGUACGCAAAUUACAUCAAAGCUAUACUUACUGAAGUUACUUACUGAAGUACAGCAUAAAAUUGCAAUUACUGUACAUUACUUACAUUACACAUGACAGCAAUAAAAGUGAAUCCUUUCAGCCUGCCUGAAUAUAUAUUCAGUUAACAGAACACACACACACACACACUCUAUUCUCACCCUCCGCGGGUGGUCUCAUCCCCUUUCCAAGCUCGGGUCC